AUGCUGAACAGUAGUCUGUCGAGAGGGGCUCUUCCGCUGCCAAUGCCCUAUGCUUCGAUGGCAAUCCGUCAUCGUCGACUUGCUCUCGAGAGGACGCCGGCUAUGCAGCGUGAUGGAGGCUCAGCUGUCGCCAGCUGCUGUACCGCGUUUUUCAACUCGCAGCCUCCACUCCGACGGCUUCGUCGCGUGCUGCUGCCCAACUUUUUCUCGACGUUUUCGGCCAUUUCUGCGAGCGAGGCUGGGUCAGGGUCUGUCUGCGACAGGAAGAUUUCAGAACACACCGAAACGUCGAAAGACUCGUUUGUGUUCCGGCGCUCCUUGGCACAUCAAACUGUUUCACAACCACCACCUUCUUGA